UACACAAGAACAAGAGCCUGUCGUGAAAAAUGGAACAAGUCGAUGCAGGAGGAAGCACGACCACCGUCGCUGCGUCGACCUCUGAAGAGUCGGGUUUAUAUCCGAUAGCACGAGUGAGGAAGCUCUUGUUCCGCCAGAUGCUCGUUGGAAUCAAAGACGGGAGAUUCUUCCUUGGCAGUUUCCACUGCAUUGACAAACAAGGAAACAUCAUUCUCCAAGACACCGUUGAGUAUCGCAGCAUUAGAAGAUCGUCUCCUUCCCCUACUGAACAGCGUUGUCUUGGUAUGAUCCUCAUCCCUGCCUCUUGCAGGACCUCUUGCCAUGUUGAUUGCUCUAUCGAGGAACAACUUUCAUUGAUUCAGCUCAAAGAGUAGAGCCUCUUUUAUAGACUUGAUGAGUUGGUCUCUUCGUUAUGCCCCGAAAUCAAAAUUUGAUUCCAUGUUCUUGUAUUGUAUGGUGAAUGAUUCACAUAACUUUGUGAAGAUAAAUGUAUACAUGCAUUGGAAGCCUUUUGGAGUUUUAUAUUUACAUUUAAUAGAGAAGAUGCUUGUUUUCUUCA